AUGUUCGCCCUGGCCACGAAGGAGCUGAAGCUGGCCAUCCAGUCAGAGGCAACCACACAGACUGACGACGGCAUAUUCGUCAGUAGACUAACCCUUGGCAAUAUGUUGGCAAGAGUUUCCUAUGACAUCGAAACCAAAGAAUUUAUUGGCAGUGCCGCAAUCUCGAAGAACUUAGCGAUUGAGAAUGCAUACCACAGUAUACUUAGGUACCUUGAAAACGAGAAACGGAUUGAGAUUGAUGACUACAAUGCUGAACGUGUCUCAGAACUAAAGGCCGACAUGCUUCUCUCUAAAACAUGGCUUAUGCUAUUUGAAGAUAAAGCUAAAAAACUGAAACAAGAUAUCAGUGCAAAGAACACGGCGCUACAACGGUUUUUUCACUCCUUCAAUUCAGUGUGCCUUGAAACGUCCUCCAUGGUCCCCCUCCUCGCAUGCAAGCAGGCAUCGCCAGCGAAAAAAGAGCACGCCAGCAGCCGAUUUGCAGCAGCGGCAACACAGAUCCGUCGUCGGUUUACUCCAAGCUGUCCAUGA